GUUUUAUUUAACCUCAUCGAUUUAACGUGUUAUUAUUCUCAGUAUACACGAUGCAAGUCGAUGAAUGUAUUAUUGAACUUGUGAGAGAUAGUAAGUGUCUCUACGAUAAAAGAGAUGAAAACUACAAAAACACCGCAAAGAAAAAAAAAGUAUGGACUGCAAUAAGUGAAAAAUUAAAACAUUCGUUGGGAGUCGAUAUUCCAGCUCAAAACAUUGAGAAACGAUGGUCAAGUUUAAGGAACAUGUUCAAUCGAGAACAUAAAAAGCAAAGUCUACCACCAUCGGGAUCCGGCUAUAAGCCUUCAAAACCAUGGGACUUGUAUCAGAAUUUAUUGUUCUUACUCCCACAUAUUGCUCACAGACGCACAACAACAUCAUUUUUACCUAUUCCUUCUGUGAAUCCCUCAGUCGAAGAAAAUGCCAGUGAUUGUACUGUACAGGAUGAGGAUGAUAAUAACGAAUAUGAUCCUACUGCUUGGGAAUUUUAUGAAGAUGUUGAUGCAUCACCGGAAAUAGCUGAUGAAAUUGAAGUAGAUGACGUAUACACGAGUACUUCUAGUGCAAGUUCUUCUAGCUGUACCGUGACGCCUGUAUCAUCGGUUUCCUUAAGUGGCACCUUUGGCAACAGAAAACCCUUGCAACCAAUUAACUGUAGUAACCAAGUCACCAGAAAUACAUGCGAGAAACUUUCCAAUCCAAUUUUUUCUAAAAACCGCAGUGGUACAUUUACUUCAUCGCUUGCAAAAAAUUAUAGCUCUUUCGGUAAAAGAAAAUUUUCUGUACCUCCAGCGGACCAAUUCGCGAAGAAAAAGGUAAUAAAACGCGAGUUGCUCGAAAAAGAACUCGACAAUGCGACAUCGUUGAUAUCAACAGCAGUCACAACUAUGACUUCUCGUGCAAACGAAGAAAAGCCUAAAGAAGAAGGUUUCAGUAUUAUUGAGAAGGGUUUAAAUAAAGUUCCAGAAAAAAAUAAAAUUCAAUGCAUAAUUGAACUACUGCAGGUCAUACAAAAGUUCACGCCAGUUAACGCAGUAAACACGAAGGAACAGUGAACAGUUCACGAACAGUAAAGUGCUCAGCAAACACCAAGUAACAUGUAAUUUAUAGUUAAUUAUAA